AAUAUGUGGUGAGCUAUAUUAAAUGAGUUAUAGUUAAAAGCAUGGCAUGAAAACUUUGUUGGAUCCGUUAUGUAAGCGUUAAGUAGGCAUAAUAUUAAGAAGCAAGCAACAACCCCCAAUUGGGUAAAAUCCGAUUUCAAAAUGGGCAGCUCAGCAGCUCCUCUCCUCCAGCUCGCCUCCGCCGUAUUCCUCGUCCUGGUAUCCUCCAGCGCGGCCACCGACCACAUCGUGGGCGCCAACAAGGGCUGGAACCCCGGCCUCAACUACACCCUCUGGGCCAACAACCACACCUUCUACGUGGGCGACCUCAUCUCCUUUCGGUACCAGAAAACGCAGUACAAUGUGUUUGAGGUGAACCAGACGGGGUACGACAACUGCACCACGGAGGGGGCCACCGGAAAUUGGAGCAGCGGCAAGGAUUUCAUACUCCUCGACAAGCCCAAGAGGUACUACUUUAUCUGCGGCAAUGGCGGCUGCUUCAGCGGCAUGAAGGUCUCUGUUCUUGUCCACGCGCUGCCGCCUCCGCCCAACUCUUCCACGCCCGACCACACCUCUGCCGCCGCGCCGCCGCCGAUUGGAGUUUUGGGGGUGAUUUUGGGCGCGUUGGUGUCUGCUUGUUUUGGAUUAGGCUAGUGUGGGGUGUGGCGAUAGUGGUUCUGGUGUGUGCCUAGAAAGUUUCUUGUGUUUUUUAUUUUUAUUUUUUCUUUCACUCUUCAUUUAUCCAAUUGUUGUACUCCACGUCGAGAAUGAUUAUGAUUUAUGAGAUUGAUUAUGUUGUUUUA